AUGGUGCUUCGGUGAGCUUGACUUGCUCUUUCUUUUAACGCUCAAGCUGCCUUUUCAGUAGGAAGCGAUGAGAGCUGCCACACAGCAGACGUUGUUCUCUUCGCUCCUGAUGGACAUCAGCUUGAUUCUUCUCUUCACUUCUCUCGCAGAUUCAGGUGGAUUAUGGGCAGAAGCUGAAGUAACAGGAGUUGUGGGACGAGCGAUCACAAUAGACUGUCGAUAUGGUAAGCAGACGUACUCGCGACACAGGAAAUAUUGGUGUCGGGGGCACUUUCGCUCCACUUGUAAAGUUGUAAUUGAUACAAGAGCCGACAAUGGACAACGAGGAAAUUUCUCAAUCGUAGAUAACGCCAGAGACGGGGUAUUUACUGUAACUAUGAAGAAUCUCAACACGAGAGAUACAGGAUGGUAUUGGUGUGGUAUUGAUAAGCUUGCCAACGAUCGAAUGUUUGCUGUAAAACUACACAUAUCUGACGCGCCCGUGUCUAUGCCUGUAAUUAGAUUUUUAUCAGCACCCACUGCCUCAUGUUCGGAAGGUUAUGUCUCCAUCUCCUGUGAGACCAUCAAUGGAUCCCUUCCCAUUCAGUAUGAAUGGUACAGAGAGACAGAGAAUGAAGCUUUAGAGAUCUCUCACAGCAACAAACUAGACAUACAAUGCAUCUCCACCGCCCAGUGUCACCAGUACUACUGCACAGCCUCAAAUAGCAAAGGAAAACAAUCCAGUGAAAAUGUUGAAGUCUCAGUCUUACAACCUGUACAGACAGCCUGCAGUUGCUCCGUACAAAUCAACAUUCCUGGACAUAAAUAUUCCUGUCCCGAGAUCACAACCAAGCCAACAUCAACUGCACAUGUUCCAGCUGCAAGCAUCUCCUCCACUGUCACACAAGCCACCUUCACGGCAACUGAAGGUGAACAGUACAGGUUACUGUACAUUGUGCUGGGAGUGCUGGGGCUGCUGCUGAUUGCAGGCAUUCUGUCUGUACUUUUGCUCAGGAAGCAAAAGCAAAAGAAAAAGCACGGUAAAAGAACGGUUGGCUCACGUGGAGCAGGGAAUGGUGAUGAGCUUGAAAGCAAUAUUACAUACGCAACUGUGCAGAAGAGGCAAGCUCGUUCUGUGGCUGGGAGCAGCGAGGGAGCCACAUUUACUGGAGAUGCCGACAUCAAUUACGCAGAAGUGCAGUUAGUUCAGAGAUCGGCAGAGAGUGGAACACCAGCCACGCUCUCACCUGACACUGGCAACACCACCAUUUACAGCAAUAUCAUGGUUCAAAAUCCACCGUCGCAGGACAGAAAGGAAAAUUGGAAUCGGUUGGAAUCAACAGAAUAUGCUACAGUUGCACAUUAGCAGCAAGAAUAGUGAUGGGUAUGUGUGUGUGGUGGGGGAGAGGGAAUGCAACCCAUGAUGUGCUAUUGAUCACAAGUCGCAAUUUUCGCUAUAUUGAUGCAUCGCGAUGUGGGGCAGGAGUAGCUCACAAUGCCUUUAUUCCCAUUAGCCGUUUUUGGCUCCAGUAAAAUGCGCAGGGCUUUAUGCGGCAAUCCUUUUAUGUUAUUUUUGUCGGACGUUCAGAGAUGCUGCACUAUUUGUGUCCAAACUGUCCACAAAAAAAAACAUCACCCUGAUGGGAUUUCCUCUGUCUGGCUGAGCAGGUAGACACAUGCUGCGGGAUUUCCUCUGGCUCCAAUUAAACAACUCAGGGGAUCCCAUGUGUGUGACCGGCAUUGCCUAAUGUAACGCUGCGCUGAAUGUUUACGCCUUUCGCUGAGUUGAAUAAAAGUCUCAAC